AUGCCGAUAAAUCUGAUCGCCGUAGCAAAAUUGUCGGUGACGCUACUAUGCGUUCUCCUGUUGAAUCAACAAAUAGCCGCGGAAGCGAGCAACAAACAGUCGACCCAAGAGAUCGACGACACAAAGGACGACUUGGUCGCGGCCGAGGACAGAAUAAGCGACUCGUACCUGCCACCGCCCAGUUCCAGAUACAGCGGUCCGAAGCCGGUCUACGGACCGCCCGAGCUGACGGGCGUCCAGCCGCAGCAGGUGUACGACGCGCCGCCGGCGGAGCAGCCGCCGCCGCGCAGCAACGCACCCAUCCCGUUCUCGUCGUACGGACCGCCGAGCAAGCCCAAGCCGCAGUACGGUCCACCGAAACCGCAGUACGGACCGCCGAGCAAGCCCAAACCGCAGUACGGGCCGCCGAAACCGCAGUACGGUCCACCGCAGAGGCCGCCCAAGCCGCAGUACGGUCCGCCUAAGCCGCAAUACGGCCCACCGUCCAGGCCCCAGAGGCCUCCCAAGCCCCAGUACGGGCCGCCGAAACCGCAGUACGGUCCUCCCAAGCCGGAGUACGGACCGCCCAAGCCGAAACCACACGACACGUAUGGACCGCCACCGCAACAAUCCCAACCGUCUCUUCCGCAACAGCAAUACGGUGCACCGAACAACGAUCUGUACGGUCCACCGCCUCCGCCACCACCCGGUGUAGCGGCUCCUCCGACUCCGCCGGAAAUCAAGUACGACGGAUGGCAACCGAUCGCUGGUCAAGCCCAAAGACCAUCCGAUAGCUACGGUCCUCCACCGUCCGCUCCGUCCAACGAGUACGGACCCCCCGAAUCUCAACCUCAUCAGGAGUACGGACCACCGCCAGCACCAUCACAGCCGGCACUGCCUCAACAGCAGUACGGCCCACCGAGUGACGAGUAUGGUCCACCACCUCCACCGUCCCAGCCGUCGUUCCCUCCCAGGCAAAGUUUCAGGCCACCGACCGACGAGUACGGUCCACCGCCGCCACCGUCGCAGCCGUCGUUCCCUCCUAGACAACAGUACGGGCCACCCUCGAAACCGCAGCAAACUUACGGACCACCUCCGUCGAGACCGCAUCAAGAAUACGGUCCACCACCACCGCCACCCCAACAGCAGCCAUCGCUUCCGCAACAACAAUAUGGUCCACCUGCUAAUGAGUACGGUCCCCCUCCACCGCAACAACAACCAUCGCUACCUCAACAGCAGUACGGUCCACCAGCCAACGAGUACGGCCCACCACCACCCCAACAGCAACCGUCACUACCUCAACAGCAAUAUGGUCCUCCGGCUAACGAGUAUGGUCCACCACCGCCACAACAGCAGCCUCAACAACAGUACGGCCCACCAGCCAACGAAUAUGGUCCACCGCCACCACAGCAGCAGCCGUCGCUCCCACAGAACCAAUACGGCCCACCAGCCAACGAGUACGGUCCACCACCGCCUCAACAGCAGCAACCGUCGUUCCCACCAUCGACCAUCAUCACCGAUAAUUUCGCCGCACCGAAACAACAGUACAUCCCCACACCGAUUCAAAUUAUUUCCGAUCCCAAGGUACCGAGCGAUUCCUACGGCACUCCACUGAACAAUCCAGAGGAUCACAAUUUGAAGUCCACCGUAUCUCAAAGUACCAAGACGCACGACGGCGAUGGACUGCCACCACCGGAUCUACCUCAAUUCGAGCCGCUGCACAACAAUCAGGGACCGAUCGACUCCAACAACAUCGGUUUCGGUGAACAACUCGGCUUGCACACCGACAACUUGGCCGUAGUCAAGAGCGGCUAUCACCUGGCCCCCAACGGCGGAAGACCGGGCAACUCUUACGCUCCACCCUCGUUCAACGACUUGUCGAUUCAGCAGCUGCCAGCUCCAUCGGGAGGUUACAACGCACCCGCCUUCGCUCAAGGAGGUGGCAACAACUACUUCAACCGAUUCAAUCGCAAAGGACUGCGUCGCGGACCGUUCCCACCGGCGCCGCACAGCGUGUUCACUCCACCUCGCCGCCCACCGACUCAAUUCAGAGACUCCAUUCCCAAGGGUAUCUACAGCAAUCCGCAAAACACGUACGCGCCACCAUCAGCCAAUCAGCAGGUCUACCCCGUCUCGCAGUCGUCCGUGGCGUUCUUCGGAUCGCAGAACUUCCUCGCCGCUCAUCCGGAAUUCUUGGGCAAGUCGAACAGCAAUUUCGGAUCUCAGUCGGGCUUCGGUAAUUACAAUUCUCAGGCCGGAGGUGGCAACUCCUACAACUCGCUGGACUCGCAUCUGGCUGCCUCCGUUGGCUCGGUGGCCGUCCAAGGUGUCAACGAUUGCGACACCAACACCCCCUCGAUUUAUCAUCAGCAGAGUAACAACGAUCACGUGGGAGACUCGCAGAGCGCCUACUCGAUGCCCAACGUCAGCGAGCUGGAAUUGCAGCAGCAUCCCCAGCAGCAGCAGAGCAGCGGCAGCCACGACCAGCCCAAAGACAGCUACGGCAAUCCGAUAGUUAGCGCAGACAACUUCGGAGCACCCGAUCAAUCUGGUGUCCAAGCCGUGACCGCUGACAAUAAUAAUCAGCAGCAGCAACAACAACAAUCGGAAUUUUCCGACGUCAACAGUCAGAACUCGCUGUCGGGCAAUUACGACGGUCUGACCGCCGAACAGCUCACGGCCGCCCUGACGGCUCAAGGUUACGGCGAGGCCAAGAACAUCGUCAAGUCCAGCGAGAUCGAUUCCGCGCAGUAUCUGUCCUCGCAAGAGGGCCAGCAGGCCCUGGCUCUGACGCAGCAAGCCAACAACGACGGUUUCCAGAUUCAAGGAUCGCAGGGCACCUACACCCUGCAGAUUCAGGCCGCGGACGGUCACUUCAACGCCGACGGCUCCAACGGCAACGGCGACAUCAGGCACGAGCAGAUCCUAUCCAAUGGUCUGCUGCAGAACAUCCUGGCGGCGAUCGAGCAGCAGCCCGACGGCGCCCAGAUCGAGCUGCAGGGCGUGCCCCAACAGUCGGGCUACGACUUGUCGCACGCCGCCAGCUCGUCGUCCGUCGUGACGAACCAGGGAGAGUCCGCCGAGCAGCAGCAGCAGCAGCAGAAAUCGUCGACGUCCGACCAAGAUUCGAGCGCGUCGAGCAGCAACGUCGAUCAGGUUAUGGUCUUUCUCGGCCAGGCAGGAACGAGCGGCGAGAAACAAGAGGAGAUCGCGUCGAGCGAUAAGGACAGCACGGAAAAUAUGAAAUCAUCGUAAAGCCGGGCAACACAAUAGGAGCUAGUUUGUAGAUUUUUUUUUACACAAAGUGCAAUCAAAAGCGGGGAUAACAUCGAAAGAUUCUAAUCGUUAUAUAGGGGGAAGGUAUCAUCGAGCUUGACUCGAUUGAUCGAUGCCCGGUAAUAAUAGUCUCUCGUAGAAAAUUUUCAGUGAAAGUGCCAUUGAAAAAAAAAAGAAGAAGAAAAAUAAACGAAUGAUUUGUACGGAUUUUAGCCAUUUAUAUUCAGAGUAUAAUAUAUGUGUGUGUCUGUGUAGUAUCAGCAAUGAAAGAGAUGAAAAUCAUCAUCUCGCCAAGAGAGAGAGAGAGAUCAUUCAAUUAAUUGGAAGAAGCAAAAUAUUGAUGUUAUUAGUCGAAUGCAAGAGAGGCCGUACGUAUACUGCUGGCUAUAUGUAUAUAUAUACCCGCGCAGUUGGAGUGCUGAUUUAUUAGUGCAUUUUCCCUUUGACAUAAAACAAUCGCCUCUAAGCAAAAGAGAGGUGAAAGUUGAAAGAGGGAAUCUUCUCUUCUGCUUCGGGAUGCUGCUGCCUGCGCACAUUUCACUCUCACGAUCUUACAGUAAAUAUUAAGGAGCUCGAAGAUUGUUGAGAGUCACGUGAAUGUGGAUACACACACGCGCGAGCGCACGGAGUAUACUUACUUUAUAUAUACGCGAGAGAGGAGACUCUCUUUCUCUCGGCCAGAGGCACCGACUCGACGAAAGUGACGCUGACCUCUCGUGGGUUGCUGUCCUCCUCCUUCUCCUCCUCCUUUUUCUCUCUCGUAUGUAUGUAUGUAUACUUUCCAUGAGCGCCGGUCGCGAGAAAUCGUGUCGCGAUCUUGACACAAAUAUCAUCGAUGGACCGAAGACAAAUGGUACAUUAUGUGUGUGCCCACGUUCAUAUGCUAGUGCUAAAGCGUCGCAUUAUCCAAACUCGCGGGGGGAAAAUUUACACCAUCAGAUUAUAUGCAGUGGUAUAUGUACGCCGUAUACAGUAGAGUCGGGGCUUCGAUUUUACAUACGUAGAUAGCAUCUUUUUUCAGGUUCCAUUGUGACUAUGACUUUUAAUUAAUUUAAGUACUUAUUAAGGUCAUUUGGUUAAAAAGUGCUUUUCGCCGAAGUUGUUACAUUGUUUUUUUUUUGUCUUUUUUCGCGUAUGAGAAUUUUCGUUCAACCAUACGUAGCGUAUCUUUAAAAAGUCUCUUUCUCUCUAACUCCCGCCUUGAAUUUAUUACUAUCAUUAUUAUUAUUAUUAUUACUUUGUUAUCAUUGUAUCGAGUGUUGGUGUUACUGAAAAAUGUAUUAAAAAAAAAAAGGUUUUUUUUGUAUUACUUUUUUGUGUCGUGUAAAAGUGUGAUGGAUGAGUGGGAGAGCGCAUAACCGUCCGUACAUAUAAAAUAUAUUAAUAAGGUUAAUUUAAUAAAUGUAAAUGGACCUCGGGCCGGGGGUGGAAACUCGGACCCGGGGACAGAGUCAAGAAUUACAAUUUAAAUAAUAAUUACGAUACAUGUAGUACGUACGUCGCAGAUCAAUAGAAUUACAUGACAUACAAAUGCAACGUGUCGAUGUCUGUGUUUUUCGCAUCUUUUUUUGUUGUUUUUUUUUUGUUUUUGAGAUAUAUAUUGUAACUUCGAUGGAAAAAAUGUUUUUACUCCGUUUGUACAUCUAUCAAUAUAAACGUGUAAACGAAUGCAAUUAUCACCACAAUUGUACAGUGACUGCACACUCUUAUAAGCCAUAAUAAUGAAAGCGUUCGACGGUAUAUGUAUUUUGUUUUUUCAUG